CGCAACACUAAUUCGCGGUGAAUGUCAAAAAGAACUUCUCCAACCUGGAUGAAAAUUAUUUGUUUUGUUGAAAAUAUGGCAAUUAGCAGUUGAAAGGGCUUGCCAAAUUCUACAUUCUCCAUCCAACCACUGCAGACUGCAGCAAGUGUGUGACGAAAUAGCAGAAAACAAUUUGCAGUUAAAUUUCGUGUGCGUGUAAACGAAAAUUCCAACACAGACCUUGAGUGUCACACACACGCACACACAGAGGCACUCUCUCGCACACCUAUAGAUAAAACGUCAGAGACGGAGCUACCCCCGCCGCCCCGUCGCCGAAGGUGUUUUCUUUUUGAUUAGAGAUUAGGGCUAACUGGGAUAGCAAUUGAGAUAUACAACAUGGUAAAUGUGCCACCUUUACUAAGUAGCACGCCGCCACCUAUCGAUUUUGGUGACGAUGAUGAUGACGAUUCUGGACUGCAGACAACUCUCCAUUUGGAUGACGGUGACGAGUACUCCUCCAAUGAGUUUGGCUUAGUCACCACCAACAAACACAUCACCAGCAACAACAACAACAAUAACAACAACAACAAUAGCCAGACACACGAAGCCGAACUUAACACAAAAGAAGUGCCGCCACCCGAUCUGGCCCUGAUCGAGAAUGCAAAAUCACCAGUCGAGGCAUUUAAUUAUCAUGUUUACCAUCAGGAAAUGUCGCCACCCACGCCGCCACCGCCAACGGCGACACAGCAAACAGUGCAGUGCGUGGAAGUGGAGCGGGAAGAGGAGGAGGAGGAGGAACAUAUUCCCUCAUUGAAACUUGAUAGUUUGAGUUUAUAUUCAAGUGAGAGUACGGCGUCGGGAACUGCGUCGCCAGUUGCAGAAACGCCUGCGCCUUCCUCAGCUACCACGGCACAACUCACACAUCAAGUUACGCUGGAGGAUGUCUCAGAUGAUGACACCGAUGAGGAGUGUUCGCCAAAGAAACCCAAAGAGUUAUAUAUACGUGAAGGGGCGGAAGAUUUCUUUGCCAUUGAAGUUCUAUCCACAACAAAGGAAAAAGAAACUAAGCAGACGGAUGUAAAAGGAGCUGAAAGUCAGUCAGAAAAGCCAAUGGCAAUGGAUGAUGAUGAUUCAUUUGCAGAAUUUGAAGAGGCUACUGCGGCAAUGGCUCCAGCGGUCAUCCAAAAUGUGGCUCCUACCAUUAAUGAUAAUGUUGUUGUUGAUGAUGAUGACGAUGACGAUGACUUUGGUGAUUUCGCAGACUUUUCUGCUGCACCACCAGCACCAAUGCCAGCUAUAGUCGCACCAGUUACUAUUCCAAAUGUAUCAGAACCUGCUCAUACUCAGCCCGAAGAUGGAUUUGAUGAUUUUCAAGAGUUCACUAGUCCCGCUCAUAUUAAGAAUAACCAUGAUGAUAACGAUGAUGAUGAUGAUGAUGAUGACUUUGGAGAUUUCUCAGAGCCACCGCCACCUCUAGCCGCAGUUGUACCUCCGCCACCACCGCCUGCCCCCAAACACCUUAGCAUUAAUGAACGUAUCAAGCCUGUGCUGGAGGCAAUGUUUCCAUCGACAGCAAUAACCCAAAUAGACGAGACCGUUGGGCAUUCACAGCUCUUGGCUCAGAGGAAACCCCUCAAUUUUGGUGCCAUUGAGCAGGCUCAGGCUCUAAACUAUCAAUGGGUCAAUUCAGAAAUGAGACAUUCUCUAGUCCGAUCGCUGGGCAUUGAUUCGAGGAAUAUUCUCUUUGGAGACAAAUGGAACUCAUCUAUGCCGCGUUUUGCGGCCAAUCUGAGCUUUGAUCCCCUUAAGCCGCUCAAGACAAGCUCCACCAGCUCCAACUCACAGACGUCAGCGGCUACCACCUUUUCCACCCCAGUUGAAGAAUCACAACAUGUACAGACCACUUUUCAAUUGGAACCACUUGACCAACUAACGAUGGUGGCUAAUGCUGAUAAAAUAAAUCUUGUUAACUCUAACUACCCCCACCACCAACACUACAACAACUACCACCACCAACACCACCACCACCACAACCAACAACAACAACAACAACAAUCAAACUCCAAUCAUCGCCAUAAUGCUGCCGACAACUUCCACUUGGAUGGUAAUCUUUUAUUGAUGGAUCUCCAAACCAACUCCAAUUCAAUUAAUGACAAUCAAUGCAAUGCCAAUGCAAAUGCUAAUGCCAAUUUCAAUGAAAUGCACAAUAAAUCUCUUACACAUUUUGUCACCAACAACAACAACAAUCAUCUAAAUACAACAACUUCAAAUCCAAAUCGAAUAAAAACUAACACAAUUCUCACUGCUCACGAUGCCUUGCUCUUGAUGGACCUUAGAUUGGAGUCAACAACAACAACAGCAGCCCCAGCAGCUAAAGCGAGCCAAAUUGAAACGCGGGCUGGCCCGGCUAAUGUGGAAAAAUCAGCAGCAAGCUCUGCCCAAAAUGACUGCAGCCAGUUGCAGAUUGAAGACGGUUUCGCAGCCAAUAGUCCCUGCGACAGCAACGCCCUUGAUGACACCUCAGCAGGAACAUCAGCAUAUGCUGCUCCAGCAGCAGCAGCGACGCUAUCGACUGCUCUAUCAGCAAACGGCUAUGCCAACGACCUCAAUGGCAGUGAGCAGCUGCAUCAGCAGCAGCAGUCGAAGCAAUAUGCAUUGAGUGGACCAACGCCAUCGCCACCGCCGCCUUUGCCCCAGGAGGACAUUGAGAUUAUCGUUAGCAACACAACAAGCACCAGUACCAGCUAUGCGCUCCCUCUGAAGGAGACUCACAUUUAUACACCAUCCAAAUCGGACACCGCAGUGGCCAAGACGACAACAUUGGCGCCAAUAGAUUUUGAUUUUGAGAUUGCCUCGGCAGGGAUUAUUAUUGACGAGACGGUUGUGAAGAAGGAAUACCGUGAUGUUGAGUACAAACCGCCAAUCGGCUUGGAUUCGCCGAACAAGCUGAAUGCCGGAGUUAAUUUUGAAAUACCUCCUGUUGCUGUUGCAGCAGCAGCUGCAGAUCAAAAGGUGCCCGAUGACGAUAACGAUGAUUUCAGUGAGUUCCAGUCGAUGCCGGCUCCCAAGGCAAGCGCUGCUGCUGCUGCUUUGCCAAGGAAUGGCACGCCCACAUUUGGCGAACAAAUGAUACUCAGUCCAGCCAUAUUAUUGCCACAAGCAAUACCCCUAGCCAAGACGGCCAUACAGUGGGGUGAGAAUGCUCUGUCCACCAUAAAUGCUGAUGAAAUGGCCCGAAUUGAGCAGCUCUUCUCGGCUCAGGCGGCCAAACCUGCGCCCACAAUAAGUGCCACAGUGGCUAAGAAUCCACCAAAGCAACAACAGUCCGAGGAUGAUGAGUGGUCCGACUUUGUGUCGGCGCCGGUGCAGCAGGAACAGAAACAAAAACAAUUGUCUCCCAUCAAAAAUAUAAAAAGUGUAAAUAGUUUAAAGAAACCUUCUCCUACGCCAGCUACAACAGUGGCCAAAGAUGAUGACUGGUCGGACUUUGUUAGCAGCACACCAGCACAUCCAGUUACAGUGGUUCCAUCUCCACAGUUCAAUUCUGGUGCCUGGCAGAAUGCAAAUUUCUAUAAUAACCCGCUUAGUCACUAUCAGCAGCAACAGCCACACCACACACACAGCAAUCUAGUGCGCAACAGCAAUCGAAGCAUCAGCAGCAAUACCACCACCACUAACAACAACAACAACAACAUCAAAAACAAUAGCAAUUACAAUGCCAACAACAAUGUAUCAGGCACUCCUCAACAGAUUCACAUCAUGCAUGACUUCUCGACGGCACCGUCAGCCCAGCCAGUCCAUCCAUCAAUUCCAACCUAUCAGCAGCAACAUCAGCGACAACAAUUUCAAAUUGGCAACGCCAAAGUGGCACCCCGCAUCUCUCUGAUACCUGAUUUGAGUUUUGUUGCCCCACCUUCAGCUAUGCCCACAACAAAUGCCGGAGCCUUCAUGAGUGCGCUACCCAAGCCCAGUUUUAGUGCCAAAAAAUGACAAAUGCUGCGACGACCUCAUCAUUAUCGCCAUCACCAUCAUAAUCAGUUGCAGCCGUCAGCAACAGUAGCUGGAGCAACUGCCGCAGUGUCACUAGCUGGAGAAGCAACCGUCUUGACAUAGGCGGCACGACCAGAGCAACCUGCAGUAGUCGAGUCACUCAGUAUUAUGAAUCCCGUAUCCGUCUUGAUAUACUAUACAUGCUUAAGGAGUGUGAAGGGGGAAAACUAAAAGCAAAAAUCUGUUUAAUAUUGUAGUUGUUGAUGUUCUUGUUAUCAUGUGUGUGUAGUUUAGCGUUAUUAGAUGCGAGAGAGUGAAAGAUUGGGAAGGGAAAAGAAAUCUACUUUGUGCAAUAUUUUUAUGCUAAAUUUGAUUGGUAUUCAUUCUCAUUUUGACACAUAACAAAAUUCUAAUAUUAGUGAUUUUAUGUUAAAUUUAAGUAAAACAAAUUUCCAAUUUUCGAAAAUUGUGCUUUGCAUGGUAACUACUUCGAAAGAUCUUGGCCUAAAUCUCUCCAAACUAUGUAAAGAGAAUAUGACUUGAAGAAAUUUCCAAUAGGUUAUCCUUUAGCUUUUACUUUGCCACAGAUUUAAAACUUGAAAACCAAUAAUCUGAAUCACUACAAGUAAACCAUUUAAACCGGUGCCAGAAACAGAUUGAAUGAAUGGCUUUGAGUAAAACUAAAUCUCGAAAUGGCUAAAAUUAGCAAUUGACUAGACACCAUGUUAGAUAUAGGAAUAUUACCCUUGUAAGAAUAGAGCAGCCUUUCCGACUACAACAAGUAUAGAGAGAUAAAUGGCAUAGCUAAAACCUUAUAACUAUGGGCGAAAAAGCUUUAACUAAAACAAAAUUACUCGCUUUCCAAAGAUUCUUGACAAAUCGUAACUACAGCUUAGUCGUCUCUCACCUGGAAAUAAACGAUUAACAUUAAUAAAUAUUCUUUGCAAGGGUUUAUUCAGAUUCUCCAUAGCCUAUAUUAAUGCAUUCCAAAUUCGUCCUUUCCUUUUUGAUUUGUCAAAUUGUGUAAUCAGAUUAAACUAAAUACUCCUUAACGAGGCGAAUCCAAAUGAAAACAUAGAGAGGACUUAACCCGCCUAAUGCGAUCUUUUCUAUAUUGUGUACUUAAAAGAAGGAAACCCGAAAACAUUAUUGUAUAUUAUAGAAUUGUUUAGAUAUUAAAUAUAUAUAUAUAUAUUUUAUGUAUAUGUAUCUUAGAAAACUUCAUACAUCAUUCCCAUGGGUCUGUGUGUAUAUAUAGUAUUUAUUUUUGACCAGGAUAUUGCUAAAUGCAAGCCUGGACUUAAGACAUGAUCUCCAGAAUAUUAUCAGAAAGAAAGUCCGUUCCACAUUACUAAGAAUAAAAUGAAAUGUUGCUUUGUUUUUCUUGUGUUAA